AUGGCGUCCCAUGCCAUGUCGCUGCGGGACCGUCAAGUCGCUUCUAUUCAGAAGAUUCUCAACCUGAAUCAUGAUAUCCAGCCCGCUGGCGACUCCCACCACGAUGGGACUGCGAACGGCCUCAUUUCCCACUCCACCCCCAUCUUGAACGAGGAUGGCGACCCCAUAUGGAAGGUGUUGGUCUUUGAUAACAUGGGCCGCGAUGUUAUCAGCAGCGUGCUGCGAGUUAACGACCUUCGCGCGUGGGGAGUUACGAUUCAUCUAAACAUCAACUCUCCACGGUAUCCCAUCCCCGAUGUCCCAGUCGUCUACCUUGUUGAGCCGACCCCUGCCAAUAUCCAACUCAUCACGUCCGACCUUUCUCGAGGGCUCUACUCCCCCGCAUACGUGAAUUUCCUGUCCUCGGUACCGCGUCCACUUCUGGAAGACUUUGCCUCGCAAAUCGCAGCGACGGGUACGGCAGAGCAUAUCGCCCAGGUCUAUGACCAGUACUUGAACUUCAUCGUUGCCGAACCAGAUUUAUUCAGCUUGGGGCUCGGCAAUGACUGCUACUACAAGAUCAACAGCGCUCAGACGAGCGAUGAGGAUCUGGAUGAUAUCGUGGAUAAGAUUGUUAGUGGGCUGUUCAGUGUGAGCGUCACAAUGGGCAACAAGCGCCCAACUCCUGGGGUGCCUGCGUCACGGCCUGUCAUGAUCAUUGUUGAUCGGAAUGUCGAUCUCGUCCCUAUGCUUUCCCACUCGUGGACAUACCAGUCUCUCGUCCAGGACGUUCUCAAAAUGCGUCUAAAUCGCAUCACUGUCGAGACGCCGGUGGAUGAAACGAACCCCGCCAAGGGAAUGACGAAGAAGUCGUACGAUCUGAACUCGAACGACUUUUUCUGGAAGCGCAAUGCUGGCGUCCCCUUCCCCCAAGUGGCGGAAGAUAUUGACGCGGAACUAACGCGGUAUAAGGAGGACGCGAACGAGAUCACCAAGAAGACGGGCGCGUCAUCAAUUGAAGACCUUCAAAACGAUGCCAGUGCUUCUGCACAGCACCUGAAGGCCGCCAUCACGCUCCUGCCAGAGCUGCGUGAGCGCAAGGCCAUUCUCGACAUGCAUAUGAACAUUGCUACCGCUCUUCUCAAGGGCAUCAAGGACCGUCAGCUCGACAACUUCUUCCAGCUGGAAGAGAACAUUGGCAAACAGUCCAAAACGCAGAUCCUGGAGCUGAUCAACGACCCGAACAAGGGCACGGACCCGACAGACAAGCUGCGACUGUUCAUCAUCUGGUUCCUGACGACGGAGACGGAGUUGUCACGGGCCGAUCUGGCAAAGUUCGAAGAAGCCCUGACGCAAGCCGGCAACAAGGAUGUCAGCUCGAUCGCGUACGUCAAGCGCGUCCGCGAGAUCACGCAGAUGACAAUGAUGACCAGCGCGGCGAGCGGGGCGCCCCAGCAGCAAUCCUCAGACCUCUUCCGGGGAUUCUCGUCUCUCUCCAACCGACUGACGGACCGGAUCACGUCAGGCGCGCUGGGGGCCAACUUCGACUCGCUCAUCUCGGGCGUGAAGAAUUUCCUCCCGGCGAACAAGGACCUGACGCUGACGAAGAUCACGGAAUCGAUCAUGGACCCGUCCUCGGCAUCCAGCUCGGCGAUCGCCAAGACGGAGAACUAUCUCUACUUCGACCCUCGGAGCGCCAACGCGCGCGGCGCCAUGCCCCCGACGUCCGCCUCUCGGUAUGCCCAGGGCGGGUCGCAGAUGCCCGGCGGGCCCGGCAGCGCCGGACCAGGAACGGGCGCGACCUUCGGACAGCGCCGGCAGGCCUUCAACGAGGCGAUCGUUUUCACCGUGGGCGGAGGCAGCAUGGAAGAGUACGGCAACCUGCAGGACUGGGUGCGACGGACCAGCGGGCAGUCAGGCGGCGGCGGCACCAGCGGAGCCGGCGGGAGCAGUGGAGGCGGGGCCUCCUCGGCGGGCAGCCCUCGACGACGGGUGGUAUACGGCAGCACGGAGUUGAUGAAUGCGUCGGAGUUCCUGACCGAUGCACUGGCUCGAUUAGGCAAGGAGAGCUGA